UUCUAAACAAAGACGCUUGUAUGUGAUGUAUGUGGUGUGUGCCAGUAUAAAAGUGACAGUGUGGGUGGUUUGUCCACAUACCAUCUGACAACAUGAAGGUCUUGUUUCUUACUUUGCUGCUCCUGCUGUGUAGCACUCAAGUGCUCACGCUGAGAUGCUACACCUGUGAAGGUGGUGAUCGCUGUAAGACGGAGACAGAUUGCCCACCAUCAGCUCAGUACUGCCAGACCAAGACCAACGGUGACACAAUUUCUCGAACUUGCGAGGAAUUUUGUGCUGAAGACUAUUUCACAAAAUGUUGCGAAAGCGACCUUUGCUCAGCCUGAAUCAUCCCUCGGUGUUUACUUUCACUUUCUGAUUAAUGAAAAUAGUGAACAAGAAAGUACUUAAAUCUAAAUCUGGAAGUG